AGUGUAACCGUAGGCGCAGAUGAUGGUGAUGAAGAGAGUGAAGUGGACGAACUGAGGGAGAGUCUUUGUGCUUGGACGACGUUCGCUGGUCCAUCCUCAUUGACGGUCGAAGACGAACUUGAGCGACAGUUUCCUGAAGUUACAACUCAGAUAGUGACAAAUCAGUCGGGUGCUCCUUGCGAAGCGGAUUUUACCUCUGUUUUGAAUGACCUUUUUGCGGACGGAAAUCGUCUCUUUCAACCUCUUACUGAUAAUGAUUUUGUUGAUGAGGUUUUCGCUGAAAAGAAACCAAAGAUAUUGAAUGGGUAUUUGUUUGGUGAUACGAUCGGGGAGGGGUCGUAUGGCAAAGUGAAGGAAGUGCUCGAAGAGUGUACGUUGGUGAGACGUGCUGUGAAGAUCAUUAAAGCAGCACGGCUGCGAAAAAUACCGAAUGGACGGGCAAAUGUAGAACAAGAGCUGAGGAUUCUACAGCGUGUUCAUCAUCGUAAUGUGAUCGCGUUACGAGAUGUCUUUCGGCAUGAACGAAAGCAAAAACUAUACAUGGUUAUGGACUAUUGUACAGGUUCAUUGCAGCAAAUGCUCGACUGCUCAAACGAAAAGAAGUUGCCCAUCUUCCAAGCACAUCACUACUUCACACAACUCACCGAUGGACUCAGUUAUUUGCAUGGUCAAGGUGUCAUUCAUAAGGACAUCAAACCGGGUAAUCUGCUUGUCACUCUAAACGACAUUCUGAAAAUUAGUGAUUUUGGUGUUGCCGAAAUGUUGGAUCGUUACAGCAGUGAAGACUGGUGUACAAUAGCACAAGGCACACCAAAAUUCCAACCGCCUGAAAUUGUUUCUGGGACAGUGGAAAGAUAUCAUGGCCGCAAAGUGGACAUCUGGGCGUGUGGUGUGACGUUGUAUAAUUUGGUAAGCGGUGAGUAUCCGUUUGAAGGUGAUAUCAUCAUGCGGUUAUUCGAUAAUAUCGCCACUCAGCCACUGCAAAUGCCAAAAAGUGUUCAUCUGUCAGAAUCACUGCAAAAUCUCCUCAGUGCAAUGCUCGAAAAGGAUCCAGAUCACCGAAUAAAUAUGCACGAUAUACGCAGAUGUGACUGGUUCAAGCAGAAAUUCAUACAUGAUGAGCGACUACGCGUAGCCGUACCGGUAUGCAACAACAUGCCGGCUCACAGACCGUUAAGUGUGUACGCGCCUCUAGAGCAGAUGUUCGGUAAUUCAAUGGAAAGUGACGAUGGCGACGGUGAUAACAUCGAGCGGUUGAAUUUGCUUGCAGAAGGUGAUGAUGAUCCAUCAUGCAGUAAUUUUCAUUCAAGCACCGAGAACUUCUUCGACAAUCAUCAACGGACACAACAACGACUCAACUCCUAUCCGAGCACGUCGCAACAACAGCAAAAUGAAUUUUUGACACCAUCCAUUCAAUCUGAUCGACAAUCGUCCACUAAUAAUAAUCAUAAUAAUAACAGUAAUAACAAUGAUGCGGUGCCAUUGAAUGAGUCGAAACGAAAUCGUAGCAUAUUAUCAAUGUGCAUGGGUUCAUCACGUUCACCGUAG